AGUUGCAUCGAUAAUGAAAUUUCUUUAUCUGCAAUGUUGUAAAGAUAAACGAUAUGGUUACGGGUGACUAUGAGUUCGAGUGUAUCAGUCAUUCUACAUGAUCCCGUUGGCAACGUCUCGGAGCAGCUGACCGGAAGCGGACGUGACAAUGGGAGUAACCCGCGGUCUGCUUUACGCGGCCGUUCUGGUCGUUUUCCUGGGGCUGUAUGCCCGCCCGCGGUUUCCGGAACCCGCGAAUAACGUCUGGCUUAAAACUAUAGUGGGACUGCACAUACAACUUAUUCAUUAUGUGAGCGUGGGUGGCGGACUAGUGGGUUUGUCUCCCAUCAACAUCACCCGGACCAUGACGGACGUCAGCCUGCUUCUAAAUCGGCCUGCCUGGGAUGUACAGGAGGAGCGUACGACCAUGGAUGGUGUGGAGGUGAUCAUUUUCCGGUCGGUGGAUGCCGGGGAAGGACGGCACCCGGGUAUCAUCCACAUACACGGAGGCGGCUGGGCGCUCCUUUCGCCUGACCACUACGGGCCGGUGUGUAGAGAACUAGCAAGGGAGACUAAAGCUGUCGUUAUCUCAAUCAAUUACCGGCUAGCCCCGGAGCACCUGUUUCCGGUUCCGCUUGAGGACUGUCUAAAGGUGACCAAGUACUUCCUCCGUAACGCCGAACAGUACGAUGUCGAUCCAGGCAGGGUCGGGCUGAAAGGAGACAGUGCGGGUGGUAACCUGGCUAUGGCUGUGGCCCUGAACCUCUCCAGGGACGGACAGCUGCCGAGCUUGCGUGCCCUGUCCCUAGACUAUCCGGCCAUCCAAAUGUUCACGUUCGACCUGCCCUCCUACCACAAGUACGAGGUGGGACCAGGGUUUCUCACCAAGACAAUCAUGAUUAACUACUGGCUCACAUACAUAUAUGGUCACCGGAAGUACUUUAAUAUCGUGUAUAAUAGGGACCACAUCGAUGAGCAAACUGUUGCAAAGCAUAGAGACAAUUUCGCUACAGAUUUACUCCCACCUUUUAUCAGGGACGAAAACGUUACCUCGUCGUUUAAAAUGCGUGACGAUUACAAACAAGACAAGGAACAAAUUCAAAGAGAGAUAACCGCGAAAAUUUUAAAUCCGAUGCUGGCGCCGCUAAUGUCAUCGGACGAGGACCUAGCGACACUUCCGCCGACGCACGUUCUGACAACGGAGUUUGAUGCACUUCGGGACGAGGGCUUCCUAUUGGUGGAACGCAUGCGCAGAGCAGGUGUGUCGGUCAGCCACUCGUAUCUACCGGCCGAGGAGCAUGGCUUCCUUAACUUCGUGGACAUCGACGUGAACGCAGAGAGGGAGAUGGAGAAGACCGCGCAGUUCUUUAUCAAAUGCUUUGAAACCCAGACGUGAAAAACUAGAUUUUAAUGUGUUUUAAUUUUAUUCAUUUUAAAUGCGAUAUUCAUUUUACCUUUUCAGUUUUACCGUGUAAUUACGGUUUAUCGUAUUCGCUAAACUCCUGGGCUAUAUAUAUAUAUAUAUAUAGACAAGCUAGGUGUAAAGCUUGCAAUUAACGGUUGUUUUUUUAUUGUUAGAGUUAUGUUGAAGAAGUCAUAUGCAUGUUUUUUAUAUGAAGUCAAGAUUUUAAAAUAAAACAACGAAAUUAGGA